UGAUCUUGAUCUUCCUGGCAUCAGCAAGCAUCCUCCUGUUGACAGUCAUAGCCGUGGAGGGCGAUAAUUCUUUGUUGUUCUUCACAUUUUCUUAGCAACUGGAAGCGCAACAGCGCGAAGAACGCAUGCGCAGAGCAAUCGGAGACGCCGAAGAAAGACGAAGGUUGGCGGAGAUCGAGCGGAAACGGAGGGAGGAGGAAGGGCGGAGGAUGGAGGAGGAGCAGAGAGCGGAGGAGGAGCGGAUGAGAAGGGAAGCUGAGGAGGAGGAGGAGAGGAUAAGGGAGGCCGAGAAAUCGUUGUUGGAACAGGAAGCAUUGGUUAAGGAAAAAGCUAGGAUUCAGGCAGAGGAAGAGGCGAUGAGAAAACUAGCAAAGGAACGGAGGGAGGCGGAAGAGCGCAAGCGCCUGGCCAAAGAGGAAGCUGAUAGGAAGAGGAGGGAGGAAGUCAAAAUGAAAUUCCUUCAGGAGUUAAAAGAGCAAGAGGAAGCCGAGAAGCGCCGCCAGGCGGAACUCGAGGAACAGCAGCGCCUGGAGGAGGAGCGACAGCGUCAGAUGGAGUUGGACCAGCUUGAGGCGGAUCGGCGUGAGCAGGUGCGGCUGGAGGCGGAGCUGGCUCGGGAGGAGGAGAUCAGGCGGCAGGAACACAACCUCAACAUGCGGAAAAACCUGGCCUUCGUGCGGCACGGGCAGGAGUUCACCAAGCCCUGGGUGUGGUCAUAUUUCAAGAACGUCCCUAUGGAAGUUCUAAGGGAACCGUACGUCAAAGAAGACCCCAAGAAAAACUGGAAGCCGAAACCCAAACCGAAGAACCCGGGUCCAGAGGCAUAAGGAACAAAUAGUCACGUAUUUAUGUUUGUUUGAUUCGAAUGUUGCACUACAUAAACGCACGAAUGCUGCUGUAAAGUGUUUUAUUAUUAUAACGUGAUGUUGCCAUGGCAAUAACGUUUAAAUGUUUUAAGUGCACAAUGUACAAUGUGGAAUAUAGUCGUUUGUUUCAUGCCCAGAUGAAUAUUUGAAUUUAUGUAGAACUUAUCGUAUAGAGAUUGUAAAACUCUCAGCUCCCACAUGUUUCGUAAUCUAUUAAAAUCGUAAUAAACCAA